AGUAUGUCUUUAGCACUGGCCGGGCUGUACAGGCAGUGAGAGGAGAGAGAGAGUAUUAGUAUUCAGAGCACAGGGAGGAAAAAAGGAGAGGGAGCGAGCGAGCACCCAAGUGAGAGAGUGAGAGGGAGGGGAUAGUGAAAUAGAGAGGAGGAAAAAACACAAGGAGGUGGGGGGAAUAUAAGAAGAGAACACAGGAAACGGGAGGGAAACGCGGGGAGGGAAGAGAUAUCAUAUUGUUCAUUUCUCUCUCUCUCAGUCUGCCAUCCCGGUUGCGGGGCUUACUGCUCGGUGCGUCUUCGAGAGAAGACAGAGAGGAAGAGGAGGGGGUGGACAGAGCGAAAGAGGGCGGAAUGCCCCUUUACAAGCGUCGCAUCUGACUAAAACAGCGGAGAAGCUCGUAAAUCGGAAAUUGGACAGAAGGAGACAGUGGUUUCUGCAACGCCAAGGUGAUGUUGCAGAGCUUCAAAAGAGUCUCCACCUAUCCGACAGUGGGUUCAAAUCCAUGCUGAUGUGUUGGAGAGACCCUGAAAACUGAUGUGUUCCACCGACUCCAGCUAGAACUAGAUGACUAAGAGCUCAACUCUGUUCCCAUUUUGAAGUUAAGAAAAAAAAAAGCCACUUGUCUGCAGGCUGCUGUUUCUGGUCUUGGAAACAUUAGGAAAAUAACACGCUAAAGGUUAUGCAUGCACUGCAGGCAUAACUCCGCAUUCCUCGGCCAAAUCUAUUUGCUAAGAAAAUUUUACAUGAAGAGUGUCUCCGCUCUGGCUUGCAAAUUCAACAUGGCCCAGAUCUGCAACAGUCGAGUUCAAUAAAGGGAAAGUGAGAGGGGUGGGUGUCGCUCAGUCACACAUGGGCACGUCAGUCUGGUCUCUGUGAUCCAGACCAAGGCACCCCGCAGAGCCCCUCGUGUUCUUGCCUUAUUGCCGCUGCCCCUUCAGCUUCCUCUGCCUCCUCUUUCUCAGUUCACACCUUGUAAAAGGUGGACGGGCCAACAAUCUACUUACCCAAGCGCCGUCCGAUAGGUGAGGGCGGCGAGGGCUGCACUGUCAUUGGCUGACUGCUGGUGAGAGUGCGAUGCGGAUUGGAGGAUGUCGGGGGACUGGGAUGAAGACCUGUGUAAGAAGGCGCUGGUGUUGGUGGAGGAGCUGUGUUUCAACUCCCCGAGAGGUUACAGCCAGAGUGAACGCUGCCAGGAGUUCAGCUACCUGCUGAGAGGUCGCAACAGACAGCUGGACACAGAAAUCUCUGUCAGUCUGCUGUCGGUCAUCGUGACAUUCUGUGGCAUCGUCCUCCUCUCCGUCUCCCUCUUCGUCUCCUGGAAGCUCUGCUGGCUGCCAUGGAGGGACAAGGAGGGCGGAGGCUUGAGCCUGACGUCAGGGUUGCUGCCCGGAAGCGCUGGUGUAGGAAGCCUUGGAGGUGCCGGCGGCUCAUCACUCUUACCCCCCCUGCUGCAAAGGAAGGAGGGCCACUCCUCGUCCUCGCUCUACCCCACCCUGGGCCAGCAGGGUGGGCACCACCCCCAUUUCUCUGACCUGGUGGGGCUGGAGAGGGGGGAGGUCGGAGGUGUGGUUGGGGGGCCACAGGACACCCAGGAGUCCUCCUACCUGGACAUGGACUCCUACCCCAACAAUGCUGGAACUCUGAAGCUGAGUCAGACAUCUCCAGAUGUCCCCAACUCAGAGGUUGGAGCCCAGCCCCAUAAAGACCUGCCCAAUGCUCACUCCCAGCAGCAGGUCACCUCCCGGCCCAAGCCCAUGACUCACCAGCUCUCCAGCCCUGAUUUCCAUGGCGAGGAGAAGGAGCAGGUAACCAGCAUUGGGCAGAUCAAACCAGAGCUCUACAGGCCCAAGGGCGACCAGGGCGAAGGCAAACCAGGCGACAACUGCGGCAAGAUCAGCUUCCUCCUGCGCUACGCCUUCAAUACGGAGCAGUUGGUGGUGAAGAUCCUGAAAGCUUUGGACCUGCCGGCGAAGGACGCCAACGGCUUCUCUGACCCAUACGUGAAGAUCUACCUACUGCCAGACAGGAAGAAGAAAUACCAGACCAAGGUCCACAGAAAGACCUUAAACCCAGUGUUCAAUGAGACGUUUCAGUUCGGCGUGCCACUGAAUGAGCUACAUUCCAGGAAGCUGCAUUUCUCUGUGUACGACUUCGACCGCUUCUCCAGACACGACCUGAUUGGCCAGGUAGUGGUAGACAACCUGCUGGACUUCAGCGAGGGCAGUGGGGACAAACCUGUCUGGAGGGACAUUGUGGAGGGCACCGCGGAGAAGGCUGAUCUCGGGGAGCUUAAUUUCUCGCUGUGUUACCUGCCCACUGCAGGCAGGCUCACCGCUACAGUCAUCAAGGCCACCAACCUCAAAGCCAUGGACCUGACUGGCUUCUCAGACCCGUAUGUGAAGGCCUCUUUGAUCUGUGACGGGCGGAGGCUAAAAAAGAGGAAGACUUCCAUUAAGAAGAACACACUGAACCCUACGUAUAACGAGGCGCUGGUGUUUGACAUUCCCAAUGAAAAUAUAGAGAGUGUAUCCAUCAUCUUUGCCGUGAUGGACUAUGACUGUAUCGGUCAUAACGAGGUUAUAGGGAUGUGUCAUGUGGGCAGUGAAGCUGAUGGUCCAGGGAGGGAGCACUGGACAGCCAUGCUGGCCAAUCCACGCAAACCAAUAGAACACUGGCAUCAGCUUGUGGAGGAAAAAGCAAUUGGUACAUUCGUGUCGAAGACUGGUACCACAUCCUCCCCAAAGCCGCACAUCGUGGUGGACAGUCCUCACUCUGAUUAAAACUGUCAUUAUCAUCUAUCCAGCUCCAGACUUUCCUUUCUUUCCUCUCAUCUGUGAAUAAUUCUCUCCAUCAAAGAACGAGAGACGCGGAGACACUGCUAGUGUCCAACUGCUAGUGCUGUUUUGCUCCUGCUAAUGAAUCCUCCAAGUCCUGUGCUGUCGUUACCAAGCCAGGGGGUUAAAAAAAACUACAUCCAUCACAAGCUACACUUUGAGCAUCAGACUACACAUUUACAAACACAUGCAGACACUAAAUGGUACAGUAGGACUGGUUUCAGGUGUAAAUUUGGGAUCUAGCAAGGGAGCAAACACACAUACACACACACACACACACACACACACACACACACAAAUACACACAGAGUUUGUAGUAUGUGCGUAGUUCAUGUGUGCUUCAGAGUAGUGUAGUAUUUCAUCUAGGAGGGAGUGUGAUGUGACUUUUCUCUCUUGAAAACAAAAAGAAAAAAAAAAAAAAAAAGCCAUCCUAGAAUGGUCAUUUCAACCAGGACCAAAGGUUCAUGCCCUUGUACAGACUAUAAAAGAAGAAAAUCACUAUGUCGAUAUUUUUCUUUGCAAUAUUGGUGUACAGUAUGUGCCGUACUGUAUGGGAAAAAAAACAUCUCACGUAGUACUUAGCAGGACAAAAAAUACGAGGUGGAUUCUCCAGGGCCAUUUUGGACGCCUUCUUCAGGCUCAGCAUCGUCUUGUUUCAGACUUAACUCGCUUAUUUUUCCCCAGAGGAAAGACGACAAAGCGUCCAGUGGUCUUUAUUGAUGUCAGAGGAGCGAAAAAAUAAGGACAGACUCAUUGGUUUAAGCAUGUUACGCAACCUUGAAAUGUGUCCCUCUUCCUCAAGCUUUUUGUCACCAUCCUCAUGGUGCUCAUCAGUAUCUUUUUUUUUCCCUCUGUUGUUUGUUUGAUACAGUACAUAUAUAACCAUCAGGUAAGGAGUUUAUUCAUGCCAUUUUUUUACAGUCCACUGAGGAUGUGAUGGAGUGAGCUUCUGAGAGACAUGGACUGUUUGAUCGUCCUCUGCUUUCUGGCCAAACUGGCAGACUUUUCCUAAUGUAGGACUACACAGGUUGGAUGAAACCUGCGUUUAGGAUUGGACCAGCAUCUGUUUGGAGUGCACUCACCAGAGGAUGUAUCCCACGGGGAAGGAUAUCACCACUCUAUCUUAUUUUUCUAUCAUUCCAGGACUUUUUUCUGUUCUUUUUCUUUUCUCAAGAAGUCAUUGUCCAGCUUCAACUGAGAAAAUCGUUAUCUUCAAGUCCACAUCAUGUCUCUGACAAGACUUUAGGAGGACACACACGUCCGUGUUGCUUUUAUUAGUGUGUGUUUCCGUGUUUGUGGGCGUGUUUGUUUUGUAUUUGUGCGCGUCCGUGUGUGUGUGUAUGCCUGUGUGUCACUGUGACCUUGUGUGUGACACGUUUCCGUGCUCACCCCUUCCCUCGUCCUUUUUUCUGUCUCUGCCCCCACCCCGAAGCCCCCACCCCACUCCCUGAAAUCCCGGCAUCCACAGACUGAAACGCUUGUCUCGGAGCCAAACGUGUCUUCUGUCCUGUGUCUUAACAAGGAGCCAUUUUGUGUGUGUGCGUGUAUGUGUGUGUGUGUGUGUGUGUGUGUGUGUUUGAGAAUGUGUGUACUAUACGUGCCUCAUUACACUAGGUGGGGAAACACUGUCUUUCAUAGACAUUAGUUUGUAUUGUCUAUGUCGUCUCUGAAAUCAGCUGCCAAUCAUUCAACCCUCCUCUCCUCUCUAACCCUUUGCCUGAUGUAAGUAACUGUGUUGAUUGUGUACUUCUUUCAGUAAUUUGUGUACUGUAUGUCCGAGGGAAAAACCAGAUGGCACAGUGAUUGAAAAUUGAAUUGUUUUUGAUUAAAUUUACGAGAAGGAACACAAAAAAAGGAGAAAAAAAAAGAAACAAACAUCCGAGGCUCAUUUGUUACGGCCUACAGAUCAUGACAAAUUUACAUCCCCUUAGAGCGAGACAACAGGGAGGAGGUGUUGUGAGAAAACAAGCGCCUGGAAUUUCUGCACUUCCUUUGUAAACCGAUACAGACUUAUAAAGCCAUGUCUGUCACCGCUACUACGACUACUACUGUAACCUCAGCAAAACAACAGUACAACACCUCACUACAGCUACUUGUAUUGCAAUCGUUGCCAUUUCUCUCUCAUCCUCUCACACACACACUUUUAUGGAGGAGUGUGUGCGUGUUUCAGAGUACAGGGAUCUAGUUUCUUUCUCUUUACCUCUGGUCUGUGCGAGUGCAGUAAGACAAACUGGCAUGCUUGAUCGGGUAUACGGGAGGCAACACAUCCUGCAUCAUACCUGCAAGUAUGCUGUGUGGGUUGUCAGCUGGUGGAUUAUCGACCAGCUUGUAUAAGUAGAUAUGGUAUUGAUCCAUCGGUCUCGAGGCCCCAUAAUUCUCUCUUUCCCAGCCUCUCUCUCUCUCUCUCUGCUUGUGUCUACCCUAUUUAGCCCUUGUGUUACUGCCUGGUGAUAGAUUACAAAACUCAUAGUGGAACCAGCACAUUCCUGUAUUCUCUUCCUCCCUCUGUCCGCCACCCCCCCCCCCUUCUCUUUCUGUUUCUGUCUGUCUGAUUACUGUCUGAUUACUCAUUCUCUCCUCCAGCAAUCCUUACCUUUCCUCCCGCUCCACUCCUCCACCUCCACCUCCACCUAUCCAUUCCUCGCUCUAUUUUUCUCCCCACCCCACCACCUUCCAGCUCCCUCCGCUAUCUCGCAUCCCUCCAUCUUGCCCUCUUUCUUUCUGUGUACGACACCCCCCCCUCCUCCGCCCCUUCUUCCCUCCUCUCUAUUCUCUCUCGCUGUCUUCUCGUGUUAGUGCAGUUCUGAAUGGUCAUGGGGAAACAUGUUUGCAUGCUUAUAUUAACAUGAAUGAUGUCAACUUGAUGCAAUGAAAAAUUAUAUAAGUGAUGCUUUAAGCAAAAUCUGACAAUGAACUUGAUACUAAUACUACUAAUGACGACUAAAUGGAGACCUAGCAAUUGUUUAUCUCUGUGGUCAAAAACAACGAUGAUGAAAUAACAUUGUUUAUGCUGUAUUUAUCUCAAAAUUGGUAUUCUUUUUUUUAUUUUCAAUUGUUUUUUUAUAUAUAUAUAAUUUAUUCAAGAGGUUUACUUUUUUAUUGGUUAAAGCUGAGAAUUUGAGUGAGGGGUUCAGUCAGGACAGCUGUACCAGGUCGCAGGAUAUUGGUGAAUGUGUAAGUAACAGUGUGGCUGAAGCAAAUGAUAAUGGAAAUAAAGGAAAUGUAU